GAGUGUCAGUCGCUUCUUCUGUCAGAGCAAAAAGUUAUUGUGUGACUGAUGCAGUGUCACACUCUUCUGCUGGGAUUGAGUUCUUCUGAAACUGGACUUUAGAGAAAUGAUGCUCAUCUUUGGACUGAUGCUGCUGCAAACUGCUGCAUGUCUGGAGUUAAACUGCAGUUUUGAUCAGUCUGAUCCCUGUUACACAGCUCUGGGACACAAACUUAAUCUGAUGAUGGUGCAGGACGCUAGUGAAUAUGACCUGAAGAUACAUAAGAGGAUAUACAACCCACAAGAUGAUCCACGUUGUAGAGUAAAGAAUGGCAGGAUGAGGGAAUGUGAUCUUUAUAAUAACAGACCUGAAGUGACAGUCAUUAAUGGGACUCUGAUAAUAAACCAUGUGAUCAGAGCAGAUUCAGGGAAUUACAGAUUAACGCUCUCUCACUCAGACGGCUCAGAAACAUUUCGAGAUCUUCAAGUGAUUGUUGAAGGUCUGGAUCGGUUCUGCUGGUUUGAUCAGCCUGAUCCUUGUUAUGCAGCUCUGGGACACAAACUCAAUCUGCCAAUGGUGCUGGAUGAUAGUGUAUAUGACCUGAAGUUAAAAAGGAUAAGAAACAUAAACACACAAGAUGGUCCAGACUGUACAAUAAAAUGUGGCAGCAAGAAGAAAUGUGAUCUUUAUAAUAACAGACCUGAAGUGACAGUCAUUAAUGGGACUCUGAUAAUAAACCGUGUGAUCAGAGCAGAUUCAGGGAAUUACAGAUUAACACUCACUCAUCAGGAAUGGGGCGUAGAUCCUUCUAAACAUAUUCAAGUGAUUGUUGAAGCUCCUAUUGGCUCAGUGGAAGUGUCAAUCAUCUGCUCCUCCAGUGGGGUGAUGAGGGUGUUCUGCUCCUCUGAGGGGGAUCAGCUCCUCUACAGCUGGACUCUGAAUGGAGAUCCACUGAUGGUUGGAAACACCAGCAUUGAUCUGGAUGAAGGAACUGAUGGAGACAUCAGCUGCAGCGUGAAGAACCACGUCAGUCACGCACAGAAGACCAUUAGACUCAAACCCUGUCCUGGUCUGGAUCGGUUCUGCAGUUUUGAUCAGUCUGAUCCCUGUUACACAGCUCUGGGACACAAACUCAAUCUGAUGAUGGUGCAGGACGCUAGUAAAUAUGAUCUGCAGUUAAAAAAGACAAUAAACAACAACACAGCAGAUGAUCCAGUUUGUAGAGUAAGAUAUGGCAGGAUGAGGAUGAGUCAGUGUGAUCUUUAUAAUAACAGACCUGAAGUGACAGUCAUUAAUGGGUCUCUGAUAAUAAACCGUGUGAACAGAGCAGAUUCAGGGAAUUACAGAUUAACACUCUCUCACUCAGACGGCACAGAAACAUCUCGAGAUCUUCAAGUGAUUGUUGAAGCUCCUAUUGGCUCAGUGGAAGUGUCAAUCAUCUGCUCCUCCAGUGGGGUGAUGAGGGUGUUCUGCUCCUCUGAGGGGGAUCAGCUCCUCUACAGCUGGACUCUGAAUGGAGAUCCACUGAUGGAUGGAAACAGCAGCAUUGAUCUGGAUGAAGGAACUGAUGGAGACAUCAGCUGCAGCGUGAAGAACCACGUCAGUCACGCACAGAAGACCAUUAGACUCAAACCCUGUCCUGGUCUGGAUCAGUUCUGCAGGUUUGAUCAGUCUGAUCCCUGUUACACAGCUCUGGGACACAAACUCAAUCUGAUGAUGGUGCAGGACGCUAGUAAAUAUGAUCUGACGAUAAUAAAGAGAAUAAACAACAACACAGCAGAUGAUCCAGUUUGUAGAGUAAAGAAUGACAGGAUGAGGAUGAGUCAGUGUGAUCUUUAUAAUAACAGACCUGAAGUGACAGUCAUUAAUGGGUCUCUGAUAAUAAACCGUGUGAUCAGAACAGAUUCAGGGAAUUACAGAUUAACACUCGUUCGCUCAGACGGCUCAGAAACAUCUCGAGAUCUUCAAGUGAUUGUUGAAGCUCCUAUUGGCUCAGUGGAAGUGUCAAUCAUCUGCUCCUCCAGUGGGGUGAUGAGGGUGUUCUGCUCCUCUGAGGGGGAUCAGCUCCUCUACAGCUGGACUCUGAAUGGAGAUCCACUGAUGGAUGGAAACAGCAGCAUUGAUCUGGAUGAAGGAACUGAUGGAGACAUCAGCUGCAGCGUGAAGAACCACGUCAGUCACGCACAGAAGACCAUUAGACUCAAACCCUGUCCUGGUAUGGAUCGGUUCUGCAGUUUUGAUCAGUCUGAUCCCUGUUACACAGCUCUGGGACACAAACUCAAUCUGCUGAUGGUGCAGGACGCUAGUAAAUAUGACCUGAUGUUAACAAAGAGAAUAAACUACACACAAGAUGAUCCAGUUUGUAGAGUAAAGAAUGACAGGAUGAGGAUGAGUCAGUGUGAUCUUUAUAAUAACAGACCUGAAGUGACAGUCAUUAAUGGGUCUCUGAUAAUAAACCGUGUGAUCAGAGCAGAUUCAGGGAAUUACAGAUUAUCACUCUUUCACUCAGACGGCACAGAAACAUCUCGAGAUCUUCAAGUGAUUGUUGAAGGUCUGGAGUUAAACUGCGGUUUUGAUCAGUCUGAUCCCUGUUACACAGCUCUGGGACACAAACUCAAUCUGAUGAUGGUGCAGGACGCUAGUAAAUAUGAUCUGAAGAUAAUAAAGAGAAUAAACAACACAGCAGAUGGUUCAGUUUGUAGAGUAAAGAAUGACAGGAUGAGGACGGGUGAAUGUGAUCUUUAUAAUAACAGACCUGAAGUGACAGUCAUUAAUGGGACUGUGAUAAUAAACCGUGUGUUCAGAGCAGAUUCAGGGAAUUACAGAUUAAGACUCGAGAGCUCAGACGGCACAGAAACAUUUCGAGAUCUCCAAGUGAUUGUUGAAGCUCCUAUUGGCUCAGUGGAAGUGUCAAUCAUCUGCUCCUCCAGUGGGGUGAUGAGGGUGUUCUGCUCCUCUGAGGGGGAUCAGCUCCUCUACAGCUGGACUCUGAAUGGAGAUCCACUGAUGGAUGGAAACAGCAGCAUUGAUCUGGAUGAGGGAACUGAUGGAGACAUCAGCUGCAGCGUGAAGAACCACGUCAGUCACGCACAGAAGACCAUUAGACUCAAACCCUGUCCUGGUCUGGAUCAGUUCUGCAGUUUUGAUCAGUCUGAUCCCUGUUACACAGCUCUGGGACACAAACUCAAUCUGAUGAUGGUGCAGGACGCUAGUAAAUAUGAUCUGAAGAUAAUAAAGAGAAUAAACAACAAAAAAGAUGGUCCAGUCUGUAGAGUAAAGAAUGACAAGAUGAGGAAGACUGAAUGUGAUCUUUAUAAUAACAGACCUGAAGUGACAGUCAUUAAUGGGACUCUGAUAAUAAACCGUGUGAUCAGAGCAGAUUCAGGGAAUUACAGAUUAAAACUCUCUCUCUCAGACGGCACAGAAACAUCUCGAGAUCUUCAAGUGAUUGUUGAAGGGUCAACUACUGCAGCUGUGACCUCUGUGACCUCUAAUGUGACCUCUAAUGUGACCUCUGCAGUAACCAGAAGCUCACAGACAUUAGAAAAUGUUUUGCUCAUUGUGAUUGCUUUUGGCUGCGCUGCUCUGAUGCUGAUUCUGCUGUUCACCAUCGUAUGUUACGUUUACAAGAAAAAACAGCUGAAGUCAACACCAGCCCCUGCUGGAGAUACAGAGCUCAUGUACACUAAUAUUCCUGAGAAAAAGGAUGAAAAAAUGACAACAGACGAAAAGAUGGACUCCGCCAAUGUACCGGUGCCCAGGAUGGACUGGAAUUCCCUCGAUUUGCCUGACUCAUGGAGGAGAUUCCGACAACACGCAGAUCUGAUGUUCAAAGGCCCAUUCCACGAAAAAUCGGAGGAGGAACAUUGCAGCUAUCUCCUGUUAUGGAAUCGCUCCCGGCUGCUGAUGGGGAAUACGCUGCGGUGCGACCACGGACAAAGAGGAAGAAAAAGGAGGAGGAAGAGGAGGUCCAGAAUGGCGAGGUGACAUUCGCUUCGAACCACUCAGUCACUCCAAUGCAGCCUCAGGAGGAGAGAAGUAUUUACGCACAGGUACAAAGACGCUAGUCUCACAAUAACAAGAUCGCACUUUACCUGGGAAACCAAGUGCUUUUUUCACUUAUGUUUGACUUUGUGAGUUUUAUGGAUUGUAUUAAGCACAUAUCUCUUUGCAGUUGUAAAUUAUUUUGUGUGAUGUAUUGUAUGUUGAUAUGAACUGUAGAGCAAGGGCUUCAUGAGAUGGUUAAUAAGCAAGAGAAUGAAAAGAAGAGGAAACCAAAUGCAAGUUAUUUUUUCUCAAUCUACUGAGCUCUUCUAUUUUUAGCACUUCUCGAUUACCAGCUGCGACUUUAUGACGCCCAGGAAAGCUUAAACGUGAGUCAGCUUGUAAUCAUGAAUAUUGAGGAGGUCAUCGAGUUGCUCAAUAAUCAUGAAAGCAGCAGUUUGGUGAUUUUGAAUCAAUAAAACAUUUUUAGUUCAAAAUUCUAAAUAUAGUAGUUAUGAAGAGAGUUUAAGGGUGAUAUGAGAGAGUUAAAACGAGGGGUUAAAACAGUUCAAAUAUCUGCAUUCGUCUGUCUGGAGUGUGUUGAAACAGUCACGUGCUUUUAACCUUUAAAUCAGGGUCAGAAAAUAAAAACAUUCAAAACAAAAUGAAACAAAAAAAUUCAAGAUGAAGUGGAAAAAAUUGCAACUGCACAAUUAAACAAUUGAUUAUCACUUA